UUGGAAGGACAUUCUGGGGAUCUUACUUAAUUGGCCUGACACUACUAAUGCGACAGACAUUUGUUGGUACAGGCGCAAAGCUUUUUUACAGUGUAUGUGGAAAUUCGUGUCAAGUAGAUGUUUGUGGAAGAGGGUUUUUAACGACAUCACAGAAAUAUAGUUAAAGCCAGUUUAUUGUGAACUGAUGAGAUAAUAUAAUGGGGAACACAAAUCGUAAAAGAUCCAAGAUGCCUAAAGAAAGCACAACAUGCAAUCCAACUGGUCAAUAUAGAAUGGUUAAACUGCCAAGAUAUACAAGAGCUUGGAUUGUUCUCUUCUCAGGUUAUGUCAAAGAAUGGGAACCAAUUGCUGGCAAUUAUGGGAUGGAUAAAUAUACAUAUUAUUGUGAUGACUCGUCAUGUGAUCGUGAAAGUUUGUGUGUACAGUAUAUUAGAGUCAGUGUUAAAAUAUACAAAAAACUUCUAGAAAUACAGAGAUAUAAGAACAGGACAUUAUGUAUACCAUUUGGUGAAGACUUAAUCUACUACAUAAUAAAUCAGUACAAAUUACGCAGUGUAGCAGCCGCUCAACGAGCCUCACUUACUCUACUUGUUUUAAACUGGACGGAAAAUAUGCAGAGUAAAGUCACAUUCCCAUUGGUUGAUUUAGAUAAACAAAGUGUGUUGGGAAUUAUUGAGGCUCCACACAAAAACAUGACAGUUAUUCACUGCGAGAUUACUCCAGAUCUCUCACAUACAGCCAUCUUGUUUUACUUCCAUUCAGAGAGUCAGCGGACAUUUUGUUACAAUUUAUUUCUUUUUUGUAACAAAACCAUGGAAGUUGUUGAAAAUUAUACCUUAAAUCAUGAAGUGCAGCCUUACAUGGCUUUCGAUCCACGUUUCUGUUGGUCACGAGUAGCAAUAGCUAAUUACGAAUGCCGAAAAGAAGGCAUCAAACAUGAAUUAGUUUUGUUUUCAUUAUCCAGUGGAGAAGUUUACAAGAGAAGUAACUUGUCGUUGCCAUCAUUAUUUGGAGGAAGUUGUUUUCACUUACUGUACAGCAGUGACGGAGCUCUGUUAAUCUUACAGAAGUUAACAGAGGACAGAUUUGGUGUGACGUCUUAUUCUGAUAUAUAUCUCUUUAAUUCUGACCAAUUAAUGUUGAUCAAAUAUGUAACUGCGUCACUACCUGGACUUUUUCAUAUAUGCAUGACAAACUAUGAACCAAAGUUCUCAAACUGUGGCAGCUAUAUGAGAAUAUUAGACUAUAAAUCAGCGAAUGGUGAUCGUGGAAUAACCGUAAAGAUAUAUCAGCUUCCGCGCCAUUUAAAUCUUAUGAGUCAGUGUCGUAUCGUGAUAUUACAGAACCUUAAAAGUAACAAUUAUAUAAAUCAGUUGCCGUUGCCAAAUAGGUUGAAAGAAUAUCUGAAUUUGUCUCCAAUGUGGAACUAAUUAAUGUCAGAAACAGCAGAGUAUAAUAGAGCAUGCAUUUAUAAUAGACAUAGCUGUGCAUUACAGCAAAACUGUGCAAUAAAAGACAAUCCAAUAUGAGUUAAUGGAAAGCUUUUUACCUUGGAAUCAAGCCUGGAAAUAAGGCACCUGUAGACAAUGUCAGGCACAGAUUCAGGCUUUGUUAGACACAAAACCUCUGGUGCCUGUCAUUUUGUCCGGCACUGAUUUGUCUUUAUUUAUUGAUAUUAUUAAUACAUGUCCGGCACUAAGUUGAAAGCUCUUUACCUUGGAAUCAAGCCUUGAAAUAAGGCACCUGUAGACAAUGUCAGGCACAGAUUCAGGCUUUGUUAGACACAAAACCUCUGGUGCCUGUCAUUUUGUCCGGCACUGAUUUGUCUUUAUUUAUUGAUAUUAUUAAUACAUGUCCGGCACUAAGUUGAAAAUGUCAGGUGCUAUUUCCAGACCUGCUUGGAAUAUUUCUUGUUAUUGUAAACAGCAAUAGAUGGGGGGCCUAUUAAUGUGAAUGACCACUGCUAGUGCUAAUGGCAGAAUAUUAAAAUAUGUGAUCAUUGUUCUGCUCCAGACAAAGUAUUUUGAAUAAUACACAUUUAAAUUUUUUUCGGAAAUAUUUAAAAGACUUUAUGUUUUCAGUGCAGCUGUAUAGGUCUUUCCUGUUUUCAAUACAUGAGUCAGUUUUCAUUGCAAAUCUGAGUAUUUAAACUUGUUUUUCAUAAUUAUAAUACAACAUGAUCCAGCACUCUUCUUUCAUCUGAACUGACUGGCAGUGAAAAUGACCUCUCAAUCAAUUUACAUGCCACACAAUUUGAAUUUCAAAGAAUUUAACCUUAAAUCACAGUAAAUACAGUUAAAUAUCUAGUUUUUAUGUGUAAAAAACACUUAUCAAAAUAUAUAUAAAACAACUUGGAUAUUGUUAAAAAUUGUUAUAUUCUUUGGGGAAAAUAUUUUUCUAUUGCAACGUAAACAAUAUUGUUUAAAAAUGGACCGACUGGCAAAGGUUUGACGAGAAAGCCCUGGUAUGAUCCGUUCAUUAUGUUUCCUUUUACAUUCUUCAUCAGAGCAAACCAUAAUGGGUUAUAGUGAAUGGCUAAAAACAUGAUGCGGGCAAGGGAAUUCUAGAGUGCUGGAAAUAGAAAUGAAAUAGAGUUUAACGUCCUACUGUUCUACACUGACUGGGCUAAUGAAGCAGGCAUACACCAUACAGUGUUCUAUGAGGGAUAUUUUGCCCAGACAGCUGCGCAAUGACCUACUCUUAUAUCGAAUUCCAACUGUCAAGGGUUAUUUUACGUGCACGCCAAGGUGUACUGCAGUACAUGGGAACUCGGUUUUUCAUCCCAUCCAACACUAUAUGUUGCCCCUUGCCAGGGCCUUCUUCAUGCACCACUGACAAGGGGAAACCAUGCAAGAAGAUCCUGAUGAAUGCAGGAACAUCCAUGUUAGCGAGUCAACGUCUUACUCACUGAGCCACUGUUACUCCCUCUGGAAAUAAAUUAAAUCUCAAUGCAGCCUCAAUUUAUUUUAAUAAUUAAAUUAUGGUUUCUAUUUCUAUCACAUUAAGAGAUGUUGCUUUUGUUGUUGUCACCCCUGAUGGAUAUUUGCCUUGACUCAUGUCCUGUGCCACUUCAUGUAGCACAAAUUUCUUGCUUUAAUAUAAUACAGUAUUGGUGAUAUAGUUAUAUUUAUGAAUAGAUGGUUGUUAUUGUUAAUGAUGCAAUAUUUUAUAGAUUUAUAUCUAAGAAUUUAUUAUAAAAUUUUUAAUAUGAUUAUGAUGUUUGUAACUUUGAUAAUUGGUUAUAAUUAAUCAUUGAAAUAAUAGUUAUCAUGUAUAUGCAUAUUCUUUUUUUUUUUUUUUUUCAAUUUAUAAACAAAACUUGAUAAUGUCAUGGCAUGCAAGAUUUUAUCUGAAAAUACCAUUCAAAAUUGUGUUAAAACAUAUUUUUUUUUAAUGGCACAACUAGCCAGUAGUUUGCAUGUAAAUAUCUAAAAAGAUGGCAAAAUUGUUAUUACUUUAUUUGUCUAAGAGAUAAAAAGAUGGUGAUGUAAAAUCAUUAGAAACAGAUGUAAACUUUAAAUGACCAUAAUUGAUCGAUUUUGAUAAAAUU